GUUUUUUUAUUAGUCCGUCUUUCUCCUAGCCUCUGUCCUAGAUCUUAGGCCAAAGCAAUGUCAGAAAAAAGAAAGAAAAAAUCGAGAAAUAAUUACAAAACGACUUCUAUCCAGUGCUUAUUACCCCGGAAUCCCCAAUUCCCCGCGGUCGGCGGACGCGGGGCAUUAACAACCGGGCUUAUAAUAAACUCCUCCCCCCUACGCCCAGCCGUGGCUCAUCCGCAUAACUAGCACACAAUAACGCGAUGGGCGUAAAAGCGGCCUACACCGUUCUUAUCGUGCUUCAAUACUACGUCGUGUUAUAUCAACCCAUGUUCUAAUCCCUCCCCCCUGCGUUUUCCCUUUUAUACCCGACGUCGCCUCCAGCCAACACUUUUCCUUUUUCCUUUUUUUCUCUCACUCCUCUCAACCCUCUUUCACCUUUUGCUUGCUCAAGAAUAAUUUCUUCAAUCGCUUGCAUCCAGCAAUGGCGUUGAAAGCCAACCGCGUGGCACCUGCUGCGGCCCAUGUGGAGGAGAGCCCGUCCGGGUAUGAGAAUGAGAGCAAGGAGCCAAUCUCGGAUCUGAAGCUUGAUGCCAACGGUCUGCCUCUGGUCCCGCAGCCGAGCGACCACAAGGAUGACCCUUUGAACUGGUCGUACUGGUACAAGUGCUUUGUCCUUGGUCUUCUCUGUCUUCUUGCCUUUGUCGUGCAGUUCGGUGCCGGCAUGGUCCCCGCUGCAUUCGGCCCCAUUUCCGUGAGCUAUGGAGUCACGAAGCAGCAAGCCAGUUAUCUCACGACAUCGUACACGCUUCUCGGUGGUGUUACGCCCCUGCUCAUCACCCCCUUUGUCAACCUCUGGGGUAGACGCCCUGCUUACUUGCUCUUCACGCUGAUUGCUAUUGGUGGCAACAUUGGCUCGGCAUACGCGCCAUCAUACGGUACUCAGAUUCUGUGCCGAUGCGUUGUCGGUAUCGGUGCUAGCGUUGCUCUGGCUAUUGGUGGUGCCACGAUCUGCGACAUGUUCUUCCAGGGAGAGCGUGGAAGAUACAUUGGUUUCUACGCCCUGGCCUUGACCAACGGUCCGCACUUUGGUCCCAUUGCCGGUGGUUUCAUCGCCCAAGACCAGGGCUGGCGCUGGAUCUUCAAGAUCAACGCCAUCAUGAUGGGCGGCGUCCUCGCCGUCUACCUCGUGGCCUUCCCCGAGACGCUCUUCUCCCGCACCGAGUUCAGCACGCUCGAGAACCGCACCUACUGGGGCCGCCUGGCCUUCCGCGGCAAGGUCAUCAACCGCAAGCUUAAGCCGUCCGACUUUCUGUCCAACUUCAAGAUGCUCCGGUACGUGGCCGUCGUGCUGCCUUGCAUCUACUACAUGACCACCAACACCUACGGCUCCAUCGUCUUCGUCUUGACGGCGUCGAGUAUCUCGGAGAAGCUGUAUCACUUUGACGUUGCGCAGAACGGUCUGCUGCUCGGUGUGCCGCUGACUAUUGGCUGUCUCAUCGGUGAGGCUUGCACGGGCUGGAUUUCCGAUUGGUUGAUUAACCGAUAUGCUCGUCGUCAUGAUGGCUACAGAAAGCCGGAGGCUCGUCUGCACCUCGCCCCUCUCGGUUUGUUCUUGCCCGCCGGUCUCAUCAUCCACGGUGUGUCUGUAUCCAACAAGGCGCCCUGGAUUGCCCUGGCCAUCGGCAUGGCUGUCGCGUCCAUCGGUGUUCAGGCCGGAACGACUCUGACGUACUCGUACAUUUCGGAUUGUUACAAGCCCCAAGCCGCCGAGGUGUCCACCAUCAUCAACCUGUUCCGUCAGAUCUUUGCCUUUACCAUUGGUUUCUACGCACUGCCGUUCGGUGAGAGCGCUGGUUUCGACGUCGCGUGGGGCGUGUUUGCCGUCAUCAACUUUGUCGCGUGGCUGCCAUUGCUGCUGUUGAUCUACCGCGGCGAGGAGAUCCGCAAGGCUCAGGGCGUGCCUGAGAUGCACCAGGACUUGUAGAUGGUCGGUCACGUAGAGUGGUUGAGCAUGUACGGCGUAGAUAGCUACUUCGCUUACACUGUCACGUAUACGUCUAGCUGGCAGGUUUAAUAUAAUGAUGCAUGCUCUAUUAUAUCCUUCAUUCAAGUCUUGAGUCGCG